AUGAAUUUGGUGGAAAAAGACUUGGAAUACAUCUGGCACCCAUACACUCAACACAAAACAGCAAAGCCUCCCAUCGUUAUUGUCAAAGGUAAGGGAGCUUUAUUAUGGGAUGAAAAUGGAAAAGAAUAUAUCGAUGCCAUUGCUUCAUGGUGGGUGAACCCGUUCGGCCAUAGCAAUAAAUACAUUGCAGACCAAAUAUACAAACAAUUAACAAGCUUAGAGCAUGUUUUGCUUGGAGGGUUUACACACCCGCCUGCGAUUACGCUGGCGGAACGACUGUUAUCUAUUUUGCCCAGGAAUCAAAGCAAAGUGUUUUUCUCAGACAAUGGUUCUACUUCUGUUGAAGUGGCUAUUAAAGCAGCUCUGCAAUUUUUCUACAAUAAAAAUGAAAAGCGAACAACCAUUGUAGCUUUCGAGGACGCAUUUCAUGGUGAUACCUUUGCCGCGAUGGCUGCAAGUGGAAUUUCAUUUUAUACUUUAGCUUUCCAAGGAAUGUUCAUCGAUGUGGUACGCGUUCCUGUGCCUGUUCCAGGAAAAGAGGAAGAAAGCUACGAAGCUCUUGAGAAAAUCCUUACUGAACAUAAGUGUGCUGCUUUUAUAUUUGAGGUUUUGAUCCAAGGUGCUGGAGGCAUGAAAAUGUAUGAGCCUGAAUGCCUGGACAGACUCAUUGAAAUCUGUCAAAAGCAUCAAGUUUUGACCAUCGCUGAUGAGGUUAUGACCGGUUUCGGAAGAACGGGAAAGUUGUUUGGUUGUGAUUAUCUAAAAAAUCAACCUGAUGUUCUAUGCUUAUCCAAAGCUCUAACGGCUGGUACGAUUCCCAUGGCUAUAACCACGUUUUCCCAAAACGUUUUCGAUGGCUUCUACAGCGACGACAUAAACAAGGCUCUUUUCCAUGGUCACACUUUUACUGGAAACCCUACCGGAUGUGCUGCGGCAAUGGCAAGUUUGGAUUUGUUAUUGUCCGAAGAAAUGCAGAAUAAUAUUUCUCGCAUUCAUCGCAGUCAUUUAGAAUUCCAGAAACGUCUUCAAUCCCAUCCACGUGUACACACAAUUCGUGUACGUGGUGUUAUCCUUGCACUCGAGGUUUCAUCCCAGCGUCAGGAAAGCUAUUACGGUAACCUUAGAAACAAUUUAUAUGACUAUUUCCUUAAGAAUGGAGUUAUGCUACGUCCUAUUGGAAACAUUGUUUACAUCCUACCUCCUUAUAUUAUUACUCAAGAGCAAUUGGAUAUUGUUUAUUCUAAUAUAGAAAAGGCUUUAGAAGAAGUAGUAUAAGUUUUGUCACUUAAAACUUAUACAAGAGAUCAAGUGCUCAAUAAAUAAGUCGAAUCGCUGAAAAAUUGUUUAUACCUCUUGAUUAGUAAAUAUCCUCUACUUUAAUUAUUGAUAAUAAGUAUCAAAAAUUGACUUUGCGUUCAAAUUACGCUAAUAUAUGAAGCAAUCAUCAUCCCC